AUGAACGAUAAUGGUGGAGAAAGUCUCAACACACUGUCGUCAAUCGACGACGAUAGACCAGCACAAUUUGAGGAAAGGACUGGGCAUCGGGCGAAACGUGGCAUAUGGGAUUUCUUUCAGAAAAUGAUUAUAACCAAGAAUCUAAUAGUAGAGCAAUAUACCGAUACGAGAGAUACAUUAAAUGAGGUCUACAAUAUGUUCAAUAGUCAAUUUUCGGAUCCAGCACCGGAAAAACCAACACCACGCAGUACAAGCACAGAAGCACCGAAAUCCAGCAGCGAAGAUAGCACGGAUAGUUCUGAAAUGAAAACCACUACCGAACGUUAUCAAAUAUCACGCUAUGAAUUCGGUCGCAUACUUGGACGUAAUUUUAGAGGUUUGAAGCGAUUGACGGAAAUCGAAUUUAAGGAUGCAUUCAAUGCAACCAAAUACAAUUUGGCUGAAUAUCGAGCUGAGGCCAGUAAACAAUUUGCCAACAGCUUAGCGGCAGAGAAGAAGAAACAAUUGAAGGCACUGGUGAAAGGAUAA